AUGUCAAAGGACGUUGAGGGGUGCAGCUCGCCGCUGCCAUUGUCGCGGCGGGUGGUGUUCUUCACAUCCCCAGCUCACUCGCUGCGGUCUCUAGCGCAGGCGCUGCAGGAGUGUUCCGAGCGGCUUCAUCUCGGCCCGUACGGGCUGCUCGCCGCGACUGUGAAUGUCCAAGGUGAGCUGCAGCUGUGGCGGCAACGGGCAGCAGACGUGCUGCAGAACACUCCCGAACUCGCUGCAUGGCGGGUGCUGUGGCAUGCUUUCUUCAACGGGGCGCCAGUAGCAGCAGCAACAGCAGAAAGUGAUGCUUAUGGAAGAAGACGUAACCAAAUGUUUGACGGCCAUGGCCGGCUGCUCGUCACGGGCGCGGCGUUGCUGCGUCACCUGCUGUCUCCUGAGGCGUGCUAUCCCAUCACUGGCACCUGGUCAUCGCCCCGCAACCGGCUGCGGCUCGUGCGGGUGCUGCGCGAACUGACGACACCCGGUGGGCUGCGCAGUGUCCCCGUUGAGAUGGACUUUGGUGGGGUAGAAGAGGCGGAGGACGACGUGAUUGGGAGAAUGACGCGCGUCUGCUUGCGAGAGGUGCGUCCUUGCUCUUAUUGCGUUGGUUCGACGGUGACACGGCGGGUGCUGGAGGGGUGCAUUCACGUUGUCAUGAGCACGGAAGUCGAGGGUGACGUGUUGGCUACCCUUCGGCAAAUACUUGUGCGUUUUUUGUGGGGCUCCGAGUAUCCAAAGAGAUGGGCCCCUACGCGCUCUGUUGCAGCGCGCGCGCGAAGUCUGCUGACGGACCCGGCAUUGUGCAUUGUGCCGUGUGUGGGUUGCUCAGUUCUGUCGUCGCGCGCACUGCCGUGCGGCACUAUUGCAUUGCCCACUGCGUCGGAGAGGCUGUCUGCUCACCAGGGCACGGCGACGCCACUCCUCGUGCUGGACGGCGGCCAUGCUACAGAACGACGCGGUUGGGUGUUGCUGCUGCGCAUCGACAACAGAGGCGGCUUGCUAGACUUUGAGCACUCCAAGGGGCGACACGACGCGGUAGGAGGCGGCGGCGGCGGCACCUGCGACGGGUGGUGCAUGAGGAAUGUGCAGCGCCCGUGGACGGCACCAGAGCAGGAGGAGGCGCAGUUGGAGGCGGCACGGCUGCUCUAUGAGUGGGCGUGGGCGCAUGAUGUGGCUGUCAUCGUCACCCCGUCGCACGCACCUCCUGUUAUCAAGACGUACGGGCAGAGGUACAGGGCCGACAACACCAAAAGCACCACCCCCAGCAGCAGUGAUGCCACUAAAAAAAAUAGUCCCGUUUUUAUGGUGGAUGAGGUGGAUGCGACGGUCUUUGAUGCGCUGCUGCGCCGCCUGCAGUACUGGCACCAUGAGAACCUGGGGGAUGAAGAAAAUGACGGUGAGACGCCAAUGUGUCCCACCGCGGCGGAACUGCGACGUGGAAAGCUUGUGCUGCCGGAGCGCACCGAAGACGCUCUUAUGCCGUUUCGUCGUCUCUUGCACGGCCCGUUAUACACAGUUUUCCCACCGGCUACUCCUUCCAGCAUCGCGACAGCGGGGACGGGCGGUAUUGGGCAGCUGCUGCUGUUGGAACUUGACCAGAACAAGCCUAGCGGGGCUUUUAGGAGCUGUGCCCGUGGCUUGGAAGGAGCCGGCUCAAUCCUUUUGGUGAGCCCGACUGCUACUCAGCUUCGCGUAUACACGACAUUGAUUCUGAAGUGUGUGGCGAGUGUCCUAGCGGCUGUAGACGCAUCGCCAUGUGGGGACGCGACCCCCGAGCGCGGAAUGGGUUUUGUGCGGGCUGGUGGUGCCUUUCCGAUUGCCUUGGCGCGGCAGAUGCGCCGCAGUGCCGAGGCAUUAACGCGUACAACGCGAAGCGGGGAUGAUCCAGCUGUAGCUUCUGUUGUUGCUGGUGGCAGUAGAGUUGACGUGCCGGUCGUGGCAGCGGUGCUGCGGGUAUUGUCGGAGGCACUGUUGGAGGUGCCGCGCCGCCUUGCCGCCCAUGUCACUGCUCAUCACCGCCCACUGAAACACGCAUGGCUGCGUCUCGAGGGCUUCGAGGUGUGCCGGGACGAUUCGCUGCCGCUGCGCUCACUCAACCCCACACGCGGCCCACCGCUACACGUCUGCAUUCGAGAGGACCCCACGUACUACCAUCCCUUCAGAAAGCCGCCUCUGUGCGAGGCGGCUAUGGGUAGUGAUGGUGCGCGACGUUACUUUUGCUGCAGCGACACGGAUAGCAGCAGCAGCAGCAGCAGCAGCGGUAGCGGAUCUGACGAAGAGGAGGUAUGUUUCAGGCAAGAAGCGGCGAAAUCACUUGGUCUGAGUUUCGUUGAGCCGAUUGCGACGACAACGAGUGCACUCCGCAGUUCUGUAAGGCUUCUGCAUUUGAUCUUGACGAGUGAGGCGACCACAAGCGAGGUUGUAGACAUGUGGGAAGCCAGUUCUGUGCGUCGUGCAUCAUCUUGA